UGUCUCAGACACCAUCUCUAACAUGCUAAGUAAACCACAUGCUGCUGUCCUGCGUCAAAUGAUCAGAAACUCCAGCAGUGCCCUUCCCCCCCACCAUUACCCAGCGCUCCAUAGCCUGCAGGGCGGGGCCAGUGCUUCCAGCCAAGUGCUCGUCAUGGGUCCUGAUGACCUUAUCGUGUCACUAUCAUGUUCUCUCAAUAGGCCCUUUGGAAGCGGAAUCAUUACCCCAUCCGGCAUUCUUUUAAACAGCCAAAUUAUCAAUUUCUCCUGGCUAACAGGGGCUCAGAACAUGACCUGGUUAAACCAGCGUAAUAGGAUCCAGGGAGGGAAGAGGCCUCUGUCCUGGCUCAUGCCCACUAUAGUGAGACCGACUGGAAGACGGUGUGGGCUAUAUUUGACCCUGGGGACCCCUGAGGGUCUCCAGGGCCUCAGCGGUAUAGCUCAGGUGCUGAUAAAGGUCAUAUCAGACCACAAAAAUCUGACUGACUCUUUAUCUGAAGGGAGACUCCACCCAAGUCUGCAGACAAAUAUCAUUCUGGUUGAUUCCGAAUUCCAGGAGAAGCGUGUGCAGUCCCUUCGUAGGAGAGGCCAUGUUGUGCAGAGGGUGGAGCGGCUCUCCCUGGUGUCGGGCGCAGAACGCAGAGGGGAUGUGAUGCAUGGAGUCACAGAUCCACGCAGCAGUGAGGCCUCGGCUCAGACCUUUGCAGAGCCCUUGUGAGGUGUCUGGAUGAAGCUAGGGCCUUAAGAGGGGUUUACUGCUGCUCUUUUGGUUCGUCAUUAGCGGUCCCAUGUUUUGGCCCAACUUCCUGUUUAAGUGGACUGUAUGAUGUAAAGAUGAAGUGUGGACGGACAGGAAACGUGUUUUGUGUUUUCUUUCUACGCUCUUUAUUGGGCUGUAAUCUCUCUCACUUCCUUUCACUCUAACUAUCUAUCUCUCUCUCUCUCUUUCUACAAUACCUCAUUCAGACACGCACAAAUCUACUUACAAGCCUACCUGCUACCAAACAUUUCAAUCUUUAUCCUGAUUAUGUUGUAAGUCAAUAUUUGGUUUGAAUAGAAUAUGUGAAGAGAUUUGUCUGUGUGCCGCUGCUUUUUUGUCACCUGGUGUACCAUUAAGACUAGAUUAGUUUCCUAUCAUGUCCUCUUCCAUCUGUCCCUGUCCUGACCCCUUCCCUCCCCAGUGUGAGCCGGUGGUGUGACUAACGUAUUGAACUGUAGGGAUGAUGUCACUGAAGGCAAGCAGCUUGUAUAACUAUGACCCCUAUGCCCCUAGCAGCAGACACUGUUGAUUGGCAUCAGACCAAAGCGUCUCUCAGUCACGCAGUUACAUUUCACAGCGUGACCCACAGCAACUGAUCAUCUCAUCAGAUUGCUGAACAAAAGACUAUAAGGCCGUGCUUCUGGAGGCGCAGUAAGUGACAAAUGCCAGUAAAUGUAAAAUUCAAGAAACAUUAGAAGAUCAGUGUCUUGAUACAAGACAUUGUAUGGGCAUUUGAGUUGUUUUACAAGCAAAUGAUGACUACUUACAACUACUGAAUUCAUAGUGGUGUUUUUAAAUGGAUCUGAUUAAGUUGGGUUGCAAUCAGCUUAAUCAAGCAGCCAGUCAGGUGAGGCUGCAGAGGCUCAUCCAAAAGGCUCGAAGCAUACAAACCCAGAGCACCUGAUUUAAGCCUGACAUGACGUCAAUAAUCUGUGACACCAGGCAGGCUCACCCUGAAGUAUGUUUGGUAUGUGCUGUUCCUCAACAGUGAAUCGGAGAUCCAUAAAUCAGCUACAGACCUGUUUUUAUGAUGAUAUGGAUGAAGCUACUCACCAGAAGCAAGUACAGUUUGUUAUUAAGUCUAUCAUUGAGAACAGUCCGAUUUGUUUUCAUUACUGAAAACAAUGGUGUUUCUGACAUUCUCCAAACACUGUGUAUGCUUAAGAGUUUACACCACCAAUAAAACAGCCAAAAGGAAUGACUACAACAUGAGGUAAACACAAUCAAGCUUAAUUUAAGUAUAC